CAUUGCGCCCUCAUCACCCUUCGCCUAACCCCGAACUGUAUACCCCCACCGCCAAAAUGGUUGCUAUGUACACUAUCGCCGGCCGCCAGGUCGGAUCGCACGUCGUACGUUGACCCCCGAGCACCUCCGCGAAAAGUUCGAUGCAACUCCGCAGUACCAUUCUGGGCCCACCACAGCUCCAAGUCGACUUGAGACAUCAUGCGCGAGGCUUUGGAAGCUGGGGGGACCGGGUCUGGAGAUGCAAUUGCGCGGGCGAUAGCCGGAUAUUGCGGGGAGUCAAGCUAUGUGAUGGGACAGAAACUAACGUACGACAGCUCGCGAUCGCUACCCUCGCAACCACCUUCUCCAUUGCCGCUUUCUCCCUCUCUGGCGGCGAGAAGGUCGACAAGACCCAGCCCCCGAUCAACGCCAAGAGCAAGGACGAGGAGAGCUUUGUCAAGAACUUCGUCCAGAAGGCAGAGGAGAAGGUCACCGGAAAGCACUAGAUGUAUACCAGGAGCGAUGAGCGACGAGGAGGAAGCAUGAAUUGUAGAUACGCCAGAUGUACCAACAAGGAGC